AUGGAUUCUAGUCAGGCAAAUCAAGAAAAUUCAGACCAGGUGAUGACAUCGGAUGAUCAACAACAACAAGGAGCAAGCAAACAAGCAGCAAAGUCGUAUGAGUGCAAUUUUUGUAAAAGAGGGUUUACUAAUGCACAAGCUUUAGGAGGGCACAUGAACAUUCACCGAAAAGACAAGGCCAAGCUCAAGCAAGUCUCCUCAUCUAAUACUAUCGAAACUAAACACCACCAACAACAACAACAAAAACAAAACGUUUUGGACUUCCCAAAGAUGCCAUCCUUGGACUCUCCAAUACUCCCUACCAUCAAUUCUUUGCAACACAAUAAGCCUAUUGGUCGUGAUAUUGAUAGAAACACAAUAAGGGCACCAUGGCCUUGGUUGAUCAGUGAAAAAAGUGACACCACUAUGCAACAACUCGCACUGUUUUCUCAGACACCAUCACAUAACAAAGAUCAUCAAAAUCCAGGUACACCACAAGUUCACGGGGAUCAACUUGAAAACAGUUUGCAGUUAUCUGGUUCGGAGUUAGACCUUGAGCUUAGACUAGGACCUGAGCCUCAAAAUUCAUCGUCAUCAACGGCAAAUACUACAAGAAAGUUCUUCUGA